AGCAGUCGGAUCGAAAGUUGCAACCCACCUACAAGAAUUGUUUCUACAAGGUGACAACAACCACCUGUUUUGGUUGAUCCAAGUACUUUGACCUUCUGUUUUGUCUGAUACCAGGACAUUUACUACAAUCUCGAUGUUCUAAUGAAGGAGCUAGACACAUAUUUGUCGAUAUGUAAGACGAACAAAAUAUCCUGAGGCGAGACCAAACGCGUGUGUGUAUGUAUGUGUGUGAGUCAGUGCCAAGUGAUGGGACAGUGGAGUGACGAGGGGGGAGAAGUUCUUACCUCAGUGCUGCCAUGCGGUACACGGCCAAGCCACUAAUAGUAGAUGCCUGCUAUAGUAUUGUGGUGGUUGGACGUUUGGGUUGUGGCACUGCUUUUGCUUAGCUGGCCAGUGGAGAAUCCGACUAAUAGCCUGAAGUAAUGUGACAUGUGAACACGAAUUGAACAGAUAUACAGUGCAGUCUCAUAAGGCUUUCAGGUGGUUAAAUAAAUGGUGGUAAUUCCACCAUAUUUUCAUUCGAGUUUGUAGCCAGUACCAAAUAUGGGAAGCAAGUUCCAAUGGUGAAACAGUGAGACAGAUUGACAGGUUUGGCAGGAAUGUGCGCCGUAUCUCCGUGUGUAGUGCCGAUGGUUUAAUGAUGACGGCCACACUGUCUCGGAGUGCCGUGACCUGAUUCGUUGGAAUGUCCUCUUAGCUGACAGAAAUGUCGUGGGACAACAGCAACAGCAAUGCGAAUCUCCAUCCACGCUAUCGACUGCCGCGACCAGUAUCGACUUCACCUCGUGCUAGUACAUUCCCGCUAUCAAAAGAUGGCACAACAGGGACUUCUGGUGGCCGACUGCACAGUGGAUCAGCAAGGGCCUCGUCUCCCGCCGGCUAUGUCACCAUUGGCUCCAUGCGGUACGGAGUGCGCUUUGCUUCCGCCGCAGCCGAGACGCCAGUUUCAAAUGAGCGGGAAGAGGUGCCACCUCGCGAGGACGCCGCGAACAACAUUCGCCGUCAGCACCGCGACGAAGAAGAGUGCUGCUGUGGCGUCGUCCCGUUGCCGUGGCGCUCCUUCUCUUCUUCCCGGAUCCCGCUUCCCUUCGAGGCUAUGAAUAGACGUGGCGGCAUGUUUAGCCGCAUAAAUAGUGGCGAGCUGGCCCGCGGGCCUGCCAGUGGAAGCACUUCGCAGCUCGAGGAUGGAGGAGUGAGGAGAAUGCAGCCUCGCCGCCGGAUACUGGUUCGCCCCAAACCUGACAUACCUGCGUACCUGAAACUCUGCAACUCUGCGUCUUCGGACAGCGACGCCUGUCACCUCAUCACCACCGCCGGCUCCGGAGACAAUCUGGCUGACGAGGAAGACGGCAGCAACGUGCGCAGGAACACCCUGGACCGUCUGCAUAAAUUCCGCUUCGGUGGGGGCGGUGGGGAACAUGGUAGUGAAAGCGGGGGAGGAAGCAAAGGAAAGAAGAAGGCAGCCUCACGGAGCAGCGACAAAACAGAGCGCUUGCGCGAACUCACUGAGCGACUCAAGGGCGGCAGUUCAUCCACUAGGCAUCAAAUUGCACCUGCCGCUAGAGAGCAGCACAGUAGUGUCCCAGCUGAUCGAAGUGUUGUUCCUUUUGACGGUGGUUCCGGAAAAUCUGGUGUUGGUGUCAAGGAAAGUCCAACAGCUCGGAGUGGCGAUACGACAGACGAGUGCAGUGCCAGUAUGAAGGACGAUGACAUUUUUGACUGUGUUACCAUAAGACUUACCAAACCGGAAUCGCGACCUAUUGUCGGAUCUUACGCACAACGCACAAUUCCUUUCCGCAGCGCGUCUUUUUCUCAAGUGGACUUCUCAUCAGCUGACGGUAAAUACACUCGUAGUAAUACAAAAAGUAGCCCAUUUUCGAAUUUUCCGAACCCAGCAGGGGCUGCUACUACUCUUCCACUGUCUGCCACAUCUGUGAUCGCAGGGGGUUCGCUCACUUUGCCACGCAAGAAGUUACCUGACGUUCCGGCUCUGUGCUCGGAGGAACCUGGAGGCUCUACACCAUCCGUCGAUUCUGCCGUCGGUUCAGACGAGGGUUAUGUGACUACAGUUGUGUCGAAGAUUCCCAUUGUUAACAAGAGUACUGAUACAUCUGAUUCUGCGCACAAAGCUCCUGGCUCACGAUCACUGACGUAUCCUCUUCCGAGACGAUCUCGGCCAGAUGAUGAUAUCCCGUUCAGUUCAAUUGAUGGAAAUGGACUGAAGAGUUUACAGUAUGUGACUGGGGGCAGGGAGCUGCAAGAGGUUCAAGAAGAGAGUGAAACCUCCUUGGCAGACAGCCAGCAGUCAUCGUACAGUCAGGAGGAUGCAGAAGGAGCACAGCCAUUACCAGAAGCUGAUGUUGAUCACGACUGGAGAAAAGCAGAGGAAUGCCACCUGACUUGCAACCCUCCUGUGUGCCUCGGUCAGCUGGUAGUUUGUUCUUCGUGUCACGACGAUUCUCAACGCACGUGUGACGAAAAACCAGAAGCGGAGUUAUCUUCAUCUCCUGUACUUCUGGAUCCAUAUGGACAUAGUGCACCAGAAAGCUUACACGUACAACAUGACACACAAAAUACUAGUCAAACCGAAGAUAAGUACUGUGUCCGAACGAGUGAAGAAGACAAAAUAAUGCAUUUACCGAGUGAUGCUAAUUUGUCAGACGCUGUUAAAGUGGAAAAUCGGCCUGCGUUGGAGGAAUCACUGAGCAGUUGCCAAGAAAAUACCAGUGAAUUGCCGGAGUGUCUGAAUGUAUGUUGUGACACAACAUUGCCAGAUGAGGACACAGGGAAGCUAAGUGUACCACAAGAAAAGGGACAAGAAAUUUAUGUAACCCAGUGGCCAAAUAAUGAAGACCAAGAUGUAGCUGGUACUAAGGAUGUUUCAGAAAUCGUGAAGCCGUUGCCUGAAGAUGAUGUUCAGUGUACAAGUGGUGACUGGCCGAAUGUUCAGGCUGAGUGCAACUCCACGGACGAUACUGGUAAGAAAUUGGAAGAAGGAGACAAAUCUAAAUGCUCCAACGGCUCUCAGGCUGAAGAGUCGUCCGCAGAUGUGGAGGACAAUCCGCCGACACAUUCAGUAAGCAUCGUGUCCCCGCAGUGGCAGCGAUCAGAAGAGUGGGACAGUGCUCAGGAGGAGUCACAGAGCCCCGAUGAGGGAGGCUGUUCGAAGGGGCAGUGGCCUAAAUCUGAACGCUGGUUGGAGAAGCCCAAAUUGGUAUACCAGAGUUCUGAGGAACGGGAGGACGAUAGCACGGCCGUUCCGAGACAUUAUCCAACCCCAAUGCGCGCUGAUUCGCUUUCCGAAGGAGAGAGUGAUCAGGGUGAACGAUGCCCAGCUAUUCGAGAUUACUCUGCUUCGCCGUCUCCUUUCGCUCCAUCGGAUUUGUCCGAUUCUGAAGGACGCACAGGGGGAGGUCCUUGGAGCGAAUCCAGGAGCCCUCAUACCCCACGGCGGUAUUCUAAACGUCCCUUAAGGGGACCGUACGGACAAAUGCUGGAAGCCGAAAUGAGUAAAGCAGAGACUAAUCGCAUAUCGAAACUUCAGUUAGAGUUUCUCGAGAAGUACGUGUCUUCACCGCCAAAUUCCAACAGGUCUUCGCCAGCCGCCAACGACAGCUCUCGGCCUAGAGCUCUUACCACUCAGUCCCUUGAUGAUUCGCAGCUCAAGGGAGGAUAUGGGCGUUCUUCUCUUGCAUCAACCCCCUCACGCACCUCCCCCAAACGCAAGGUGAGCGCCAAUAUCCCGUAUUCGGCUCCACACGGUGAGGCACAGAACGAACAACAACAACCGCAGCAGCAGCAGCAGCAGCAGCAGUUUGUGUGUCACCAGCGGACCACCUCAAGCCCGUCACAGUUGGAAGGAUUCUCAGGCUCCAGUCCUCGCCCGGAGUUGCUGGCAGAGCUGCUCCGGGGUAGCUCGGAGCGCAUGUACAACGGCAAUUCAGUGCAGCACGGGAAGGACACACGGACGCACGUCGUCGUGGAGAUAUACGACACAGAGCGUUCUUACGUCGAGUCGCUGCAGAUCCUAGUGAUGAAAUAUUUGCAGCCCUUGAAAAGCCCUGAAAAUGCCGGCCUAGUAGAUGCAUCAGUGGUUGAUGCCAUGUUUUAUCAGAUCCCUGCAAUUCUUGCGCAUCAUGAGGUGUUCCUUGAGGAGCUGCGGAAGAGGCUUGAUCACUGGGACAUCAAACAGAAAGUUGGAGACGUUUUUUUGGAUGUGUUUACAAAACAGGCUGUAAUUGAAACAUACACAUUAUUCCUCAACAACUUUAAGACAGCAAAAGAAGCAAUCAAGACCACAUGCCAAGCAAAACCUGCAUUUGCCAGAUUUCUGGAGGCAAUGGCAAGAGAGCACAAAGGGAAACUUGCACUGGACUGUCUGCUCAUCAUGCCAGUCCAGAGGAUACCACGCUAUGAACUCCUUAUUCAGACACUGCUGAAACAUACUGAUCCCGCACAUCCUGAUCACCAGUUGCUUCAGGAAGCACAAAAGGAAGUGCAUGAUCUUGCAAUGAAGAUCAACUGCACUGAACGGGAAACCCUGAAGGAGCUGGAAGCAUUAAUUGAAGGAUUAAUCAACCUGGUAGCAGCUGAACGCACCUUUAUUAGACAUGACCUUGUUACCAUGGUGUCUGGUCAGGGCACGUGUAAGGAGCGGGCACUUUUCUUGUUCUCUGACUUACUUGUCAUCACAAGCAUAAAACGAAGGAGUGGGACUAUUCGGAAACCUUCCACGAGCUGUCCUGGUAGUGUUGCUAGUACAUUGGAAGCGAACAAAUACAAGUUGCUGAUGCGGAUACCUCUGGAUGAUCUGGAAAUAGUCAAGG